AUCAUAAUCACAUACAUGGACAACUAACAAUUUGCAAAAAAAAUAUCCAAUUUUCACUUCCACUACAAACAUUAUUCACAAUCUUUAAGAUAAGAGCAUCACAGCAAAUUCAUAACUUUAUUUCUUUUAACAUCACUCGCCGCCUUCUAUGGAGAAACAAAAGCCUCACUUCCUCCUAGUCACCUUCCCAGCGCAAGGCCACAUCAAUCCGGCCCUCCAAUUCGCCAAGCUGCUCCUACGAGCUGGGGCCGAUGUCACCUUUAUCACUGCUACCUCUGCCCACCAAUGCCUUAAAAAAGCCACGGUUCCUAAGGGUAUAAACUUCACCACGUUUUCUGACGGGUAUGGCGAUAGUUUUAAGGUCCCCGAUGCAGAUAUACUGAACUACCUCUCAACGUUUCGCCAGCGUGGGGUUGAGGCCUUAUCGGAGUUCCUUGACAAGAGUGUUGUCGAGGGUAAACAAAUUACAUGUGUAGUGCACACAAUCAUACCUUGGGCCGCCGAGGUGGCACGUAAGUUUCACGUGCCAUCCACGCUCCUUUGGGUUCAACCUGCCAUGACUUUUAAUAUCUACUACUACUAUUUCAAUGGCUAUGGUGAGGCUAUAAAUGAAUGUGAAAAAGACCCUUCAUGGUCGUUAGAAUUACCAAACAUGCCAUUGAAGCUCAAAGCACGUGACCUCCCUUCAUUCCUUCUUCCUUCCAACCAUUCCCUUUACGCUUUUGCCAUCCCUUCAUUUCAAGAGCAAGUACAACAAUUAGAGCUUGAUGAUAAACCAAUAAUCUUAGUGAAUACAUUUGAAGCUUUAGAAGUUCAUGCUUUAAAAGCUAUUGAGAGGUUCAACUUGAUUUCUAUCGGCCCUAUCCUUCCCUCCGCCUUCUUGAAUCGAAAGGACCCCUCCGACAAAUCCUUUGAAGGGGACCUCUUCCAACAAUCUAAGGAGGCAGAUUACAUGGAAUGGCUAAACUCGCAAGGAAAGAAUUCCAAGGUGAUCUACUUGUCGUUUGGAAGCAUCUCAGUGCUAUCCAAGCCGCAGAUGGAGGAGUUAGCUAGAGCCCUGAUACAGACCCACAGGCCGUUCCUGUGGGUCAUUAGUAGGGAGAAGGCGAGCCAUGGAAUAAAUGUAGAGGGUAAUAAUGAAGAAGAGUUGAGUUGCUUGGAGGAGCUGAAACAACAAGGGCUUAUAGUCCCAUGGUGCUCCCAAGUGGAGGUGUUAUCCCACCCCUCAGUGGGGUGCUUUGUGACACAUUGUGGGUGGAACUCGACAUUGGAGAGUCUAGCAUAUGGUGUCCCCAUGGUCGGGUUUCCACAAUGGACGGAUCAAAUGACAAAUGCUAAAUUGAUGGAGGAUUUAUGGAAGGCCGGGGUAAGGGUCAAUGUGAGUGAAGAAGGAGGUGGUGUAUUAGUUAAGAGUGAUGAGAUUAAGUGGUGUUUGGAGGAGGUUAUGGAAAGUGAAGAGAUUAAGGAGAAUGCUAAGAAAUGGAGAGAAUUGGCGGUCGAAGCGGUCAACGAGUGUGGAUCGUCUGAUAUGAACUUGAAGGCUUUCAUGGAGGAAUUGUUCAAUAAUAAUGUUGAUUGCAAAAAGAUUCAUAAAUGAUGAAGAGUUUGAUUAAUGCAUGACUUUUUUGCAUUACAUUUGUUAAAUGUUAAAUGUUAGGCCUAAAUGUUAAUUACUACUUUAUUACUAGCUUAGCCGAUAACAAAAUAUUACUCCGUACCUCAAUAGUCAACAUUAACACGAUACUAGUUUCAAUAAUAUGCUAGCUAGUCUUUUGUAUGAAUGUAUGAUUAAUUUCUUUGUGUUUUUAGCUAUUCUCUAGCACUACAAUUAUCGUGUUGGUUAUUGUAACAAAAACUUUUGUUAGCAUUGAAAUUUGAAUUGAUUAUACUCCA